AUGCGUCUUUCCGCCCGCCACCGUGUGCUCGCCCGCAUCAGCCUUUUCGCGCUGAUGCUGCUGAGUGUUGUGGCGCGGCCGAUGGUGAUCCAGCUGAGCGAACUGCAUGGUCUGGAGCACGACAUCGCCGCUGCGUUCGACCAUGGGCAUUCCCAUCCGGCCGGAGCCAGUGACAACCUCGACGACGACCACGCCUCUGGUGCGCACAGCGUGCUGCACCAGGCAGACGCAAGCUUCGCAGGGAGCCUGUUCAAUGGCCACCACCAGGUAGUCGCUCUCGCACUGAGCGCCGACGUGCCCGCAUUGCGGCUGCUGCGCGUGCCUUUGGGUUAUCCCGCCUCGCCCUUCCGGCCUCCGAUCGUCUGA